AUGCGCAAGGCGCGCAGGAGGAAGGAGCGCGCGGGGCGGGCGCGGGGCGUGGAGAGCAGCGACUCAAAUGACAUCACCGCAGGUCCGAGAAAAAAGGAAGAGCCAAAAGGAUCGAUUGUGUCCUGGAUAUACAGAGGUCGAGUCCAACCUUCACUUGUUGGGACACAGACCUCAGUGCACCACGGAGACAUCAUGCAGAAGUCGCCUUUGGAGAAAGCCAGCUUUAUCUCCAAACUCUUUUUCAGCUGGACCACACCAAUUUUGAGAAAAGGAUACAGACAGCGCUUGGAGUUGUCGGACAUAUACCAAGCCCCUUCUUCUGAUUCAGCUGAUCAUGUAUCUGAAAAGCUAGAAAGAGAAUGGGACAGGGAACAAGCUUCAAGGAAGGACCCCAAGCUCAUCAAUGCCCUUCGGCGAUGCUUUCUCUGGAGAUUCAUCUUCUUUGGAAUCUUGUUAUACCUAGGGGAAGUCACCAAGGCAGUCCAGCCUCUCUUGCUAGGAAGAAUCAUAGCUUCCUAUGAUCCAGAUAACCAGAUGGAGCGCUCCAUUGCCAUUUACUUAGGCAUAGGCUUAUGCCUUCUCUUCAUUGUCAGGACACUGCUUCUUCAUCCAGCCAUUUUUGGACUUCAUCGCAUUGGAAUGCAAAUGAGAAUAGCUAUGUUUAGCUUGAUUUAUAAGAAGACUUUAAAGCUGUCAAGCCGUGUUCUUGAUAAAAUAAGUAUUGGACAACUUGUUAGUCUUCUUUCCAACAACCUGAACAAAUUUGAUGAAGGACUUGCCUUGGCACAUUUUGUAUGGAUAGCUCCUUUACAAGUGGCUCUCCUGAUGGGACUUCUCUGGGACUUGUUACAAUUCUCUGCCUUCUGUGGCCUUGGUUUACUGAUAAUCCUGGUCUUUCUUCAAGCUAUUUUAGGGAAGAUGAUGGUGAAGUACAGAGAUCAAAGAGCUGCAAAGAUCAAUGAAAGACUUGUGAUCACAUCAGAAAUUAUUGAUAAUAUCCAUUCUGUUAAGGCAUAUUGUUGGGAAUCAGCGAUGGAAAAGAUAAUCAAAAACCUGAGAGAGGUGGAACUGAAACUGACCCGGAGGGCAGCCUAUAUGAGGUUCUUCACCAGCUCUGCCUUCUUCUUCUCAGGGUUCUUUGUAGUCCUUUUAUCUGUGCUUCCCUAUACAGUCAUCAAUGGAAUCAUCCUCCGAAAAAUAUUCACAACCAUUUCAUUCUGCAUUGUCCUGCGGAUGUCGGUCACACGCCAGUUCCCCACUGCUGUACAGACCUGGUAUGAUUCUGUUGGAAUGAUAAAAAAAGUACAGGAUUUCCUGCAGUAUCAAGAAUAUAAGAUACUGGAGUAUAACUUAAUGACCACAGGUGUGAUCAUGGAGAAUGUAACAGCAUUCUGGGAGGAGGGAUUUGGAGAAUUGUUGGAGAAAGUACAACUAAAUGGUGCUGACAGAAAGCUUUCCAAUGGUGAUAGCCACCACAGUUUGGGUCAUCUCUGCUUUUUGGGAGAGCCUGUGUUGAAAAACAUCAACUUUAAUGUAGAGAAAGGAGAGAUGUUGGCUAUUACUGGAUCUACUGGAGCAGGAAAGACAUCGCUCCUGAUGCUGAUUUUGGGAGAACUGGAAGCUUCAGAGGGAAAAAUUAGGCACAGUGGAAGAAUUUCAUUCUGCUCCCAAUUUUCUUGGAUUAUGCCGGGUACUAUUAAAGAAAAUAUCAUCUUUGGUGUUUCCUAUGACGAGUACAGAUAUAAGAGCAUCGUUAAAGCUUGCCAACUACAGGAGGACAUCUCCAAGUUUGCAGAAAAAGACAACACAGUUAUUGGAGAAGGUGGAGUCACACUGAGUGGAGGUCAACGUGCAAGGAUUUCUUUAGCAAGAGCAGUAUAUAAAGAUGCUGAUUUGUACCUCUUGGAUUCUCCUUUUGGAUAUCUAGAUGUUUUAACUGAAGAACAAAUAUUUGAGAACUGUGUCUGUAAAUUGAUGGCCAACAAAACCAGGAUUCUGGUUACUUCUAAGAUGGAGCACUUAAAGAGAGCUGACAAAAUAUUAAUUUUGCAUGAGGGCAGCACCUAUUUCUAUGGGACAUUUUCAGAAUUACAAAGUCUGCGUCCAGAUUUCAGUUCGAAACUCAUGGGGUAUGAUACUUUUGACCAGUUUACUGAGGACAGAAGAAGUUCAAUUUUAACUGAGACCUUACGCAGGUUCUCAGUAGAUGAUUCCUCUGUCGCCUGGACCAAAACCAAACAGUCAUUUAAACAGACUGGAGAGUACGGAGAGAAAAGGAAGAACUCUGUUCUCAAUUCAUUCAGUGCAAUGAGGAAAUUCUCCAUUGCACAAAGGACUCCAGUAGGCACAGAAGGAGAUUCUGAUGAGCCUCAAGAAAGGAGACUCUCCCUGGCCCCCGAUUCUGAACAGGGAGAGGCAGUCCUGCCUCGCAGCAAUGCCAUCCCCUCUGGCCCCACACUUCCAGGAAGAAGGAGACAGUCAGUUUUGGACCUCAUGACAUAUACACCUAGCCCGGGCUUCAGCAGCAUCCAGAGGACAAGGACUUCCAUUCGAAAAAUCUCCUUAGCCCCUCAGAUAAGCUUAAAUGAAAUAGAUAUAUAUUCAAGACGGCUGUCUGAAGACAGUACCUUGAACAUCACUGAAGAAGUUAAUGAAGACGAUUUAAAGGAGUGUUUUUUUGAUGAUAUGGUGAAGAUACCCCCAGUGACGACAUGGAACACAUACCUCCGAUAUUUUACUCUCCAUAAAAGAUUGCUUGUAGUGUUGAUUUGGUGCUUGGUUGUUUUUCUGGUUGAGGUGGCUGCUUCGUUAUUUGUGCUGUGGUUGCUUAAAAACAACCCUGCUCAUGAUGGAAAAAAUGAUACUGAAAGUACAAAUAACACCUACGUUGUGAUUAUUACCAGGACCAGCUUCUAUUACAUUUUUUACAUUUACGUGGGAGUGGCUGACACUUUGCUUGCCUUGGGCUUAUUCCGAGGUUUGCCACUGGUGCACACACUAAUCACAGCAUCAAAAAUUUUACACCAGAAAAUGUUACAUUCUAUUCUUCAUGCACCAAUGUCAGUUUUCAGCACACUGAAAGCAGGUGGGAUAAUUAACAGAUUCUCCAAAGAUAUAGCAAUUUUGGAUGACUUUCUGCCUCUUACCAUAUUUGACUUCAUCCAGUUGCUGUUCAUUGUGAUUGGAGCUAUAAUAGUGGUUUCAGCUUUACAGCCCUACAUCUUCCUGGCAACCGUGCCUGGGUUAGCAGCCUUUAUCUUACUGAGGGCAUAUUUCCUUCAUACCUCCCAACAACUCAAACAACUGGAAUCUGAAGGCAGGAGUCCAAUUUUCACCCACCUUGUUACAAGCUUAAAAGGACUGUGGACGCUUCGGGCCUUUGGACGCCAACCUUACUUUGAAACUCUGUUCCACAAAGCUCUGAAUUUGCACACUGCCAACUGGUUUAUGUAUCUGUCAACCUUACGCUGGUUCCAAAUGAGAAUAGACAUGAUCUUUGUCCUCUUCUUCAUUGUUGUUACCUUCAUUUCCAUUUUAACAACAGGUGAAGGAGAAGGAUCGGCUGGUAUUAUUCUAACUUUAGCUAUGAAUAUCAUGAGUACUUUGCAAUGGGCUGUAAACACCAGCAUUGAUGUGGAUAGCUUGAUGCGAUCUGUGAGCAGAGUCUUUAAGUUUAUUGAUAUACCAAAAGAAGAAAGUGAGUGUACCAAGAUAAUGAAAGGACUAUGUCCUGAAGAUCCAUCUAAAGUUUUAGUUAUUGAGAAUCAACAUGUGAAGAAAACUGAUAUCUGGCCCUCUGGGGGCGAAAUGGUUGUCAAAGACCUCACUGUGAAAUAUGGGGAUGAUGGGAAUCCCAUAUUAGAGAACAUUUCUUUUUCAAUAAGUCCAGGCCAAAGGGUGGGCCUCUUGGGAAGGACUGGCUCUGGGAAGAGCACUCUGCUGUCAGCAUUUUUACGCUUGUUGAACGUUCAAGGUGAUAUACAGAUUGAUGGCGUCUCGUGGAACUCUAUGACCUUACAAGAAUGGAGGAAAGCUUUUGGAGUAAUAACACAGAAAGUAUUUAUCUUUUCUGGAACAUUCAGACAAAACCUGGAUCCCAAUGGGAAAUGGAGAGAUGAAGAAAUAUGGGAAGUUGCAGAUGAGGUUGGACUCAAAUCUGUGAUAGAGCAGUUUCCUGGGCAGCUCAACUUUACCCUUGUGGAUGGGGGUUAUGUGCUAAGCCAUGGCCACAAGCAAUUAAUGUGCUUGGCCCGAUCUGUUCUCAGUAAGGCCAGGGUCUUACUGCUUGAUGAGCCUAGUGCCCAUCUGGACCCCAAAACGUACCAAGUAAUUCGAAAAGCUAUAAAACAUGCCUUCCGUGACUGCACAGUAAUCCUCUGUGAACACAGGAUAGAGGCAAUGUUGGAUUGUCAGCGAUUUUUGGUCAUAGAAGAGGGCAGUGUGUGGCAAUAUGGCUCACUUCAGGCGCUUCUGAGUGAGAAGAGCAUCUUCCAGCAGGCCAUUAGCUCCUCAGAAAAGAUGAAGCUCUUCCAGAGCCGCCACUCCAGCAGGCAGAAGCCUCGGCCACAAAUUACUGCUCUCAAAGAGGAAACAGAAGAAGAAGUGCAAGAAACCCGUCUCUAG